AGUAGAGGCCUCUGUCGUUCCUGGAUACGAAGAGAUGUUGAGCGUCGCGAAUUAAGUGUCCUCGCGUGAAAGGAAAAAGGUAGUAAAAUGAGUGCAGCGAAGAGGCCCAAAUUGGAGGUCGCGAUGGAACCAGUUUUACCAGAGGAUUUAACAGAGGACGUCCCGUUAAUUGAGGCCUACACAGGGAUCAUAUUAGAUGCAAAAAGCAUAUCUCGGAUGGUCGUCGAUCUGAAUUCGACGAUUCCGAUCUCGGAGUUGGCGCACCUAAAACGGGUUCGAGCCAAGGAGAUUUUACUAUUCCCGACGACCUUUACAACUCCUGACAAAGUAAUUGAGGUUUUGAAGCGAAAAGGUUUUAACGUGGAAUGGAUCUCGGAUCAAAUCAAUGUGGUACAGGUGGCGGAGGUGCCACCGAAGACCAAGAAACAAUACGAUGUUGUGAAUAAGCUUUGGCCUUGCAAUUUCCAUAGUAACAAGUAUCUGGAGAAGCUCUGCACCAAUUCUCUAUUCAACGUUUCAGAACUGGAGGAUCACAAAAGAUUCAUGCGGAUGUGCAUAGAUGUAUCAAAGCACGGAAUCAAAGCUGGAGCAAUUGUGGUUGACCCUAAAACUAGGUCAGUUGUAGCAGUUGGCUUUGAUAAAACAUCUGAAAACCCAAACAAACAUGCAGUUAUGGUUGCUAUUGAUAACGUUGCUAGGACUCAAGAUGGCGGGGCAUGGGAGCCAAUUGAAGACGGGGACGGUGCCUCCCUGGCGGGUAUUCCGGGUAAUAUUUUGGACGAUUUGAACGCGAAUUACCCGGGGAACUCCUUCGGGGCGAGCUGCUAUAAAGGAAAAGAUGAAAUUGAAUCGCCCGACGAUGGGCCGUAUCUCUGCACGAAUUAUUACGUUUAUGUUACGCACGAGCCUUGUAUCAUGUGCGCAAUGGCUUUGAUCCACAGCAGGGCCAAAAGGGUCUUCUACGGUACCAGCGUCCCCGAGGGGGCGUUAGGCACAGCCUGCAAAAUUCACACAGUCAAGGAUCUCAAUCACCAUUACGAAGCCUUCAGAGGACUGUUAAAAGAGGAAUGCGAACGUCUGAAUGGGAGUUGAUAUUUCCUCCAUUUAAUUCCCGUUGGGG